CCGUUUUCCUUCCGACCCCAAAAUCAAAUUCCCGCCUACUUAUCCGGGUGGCUAUUCCUGGAGACUUUGAGACGGAGCAUGAGACUGACAGACGGGGAGAAAAGAAGUUCAAUUCAGGGAUCACUGGAAGAAGGAAAUGCAAGGAAAUGUCGUCAGAUCACAAGGACGAUGUUGAUCGGCUGUUCGCUUGCUUCAAGUGUGGUGUCUCACCUCCUCAGUCAGCGAUAAGAGAAAGAAAGACUAGCCGUCAGAAAUUGACGAAAGAAAAUUUAGCACAAGCAGGGAUAUCUGCAUUGUCUGUCUCUCCAUCCCCAGGAUUGGCAAGACAAAGACAACAAAAUGUAGCAGAUUUACAGCCCAGCACAGAAAAAAUUAAACCAAUCAAAUUUAAUAAUGGCAAGAAGAUCUCUCCUCUCAUCUUUUAUGGAUCUCCUCAUGGUGUGCCAGCAAAAAGACCAUCCCGUUUAUUGCAAUUAUUACAUGAAAUACAUGAUGACCUCACCGCAGAAAAUGAUUUGAACACAAGGAAAAAAGUAUGGGCUACAUUCCCCAGGCAAGAUGAAGCAGUGAAAUUUGGAAAGAGCCACACACAUGCUCAUGUUUUUAGCUAUCAAGACCAUUUUAAUGGGCAAAGAAGGUUCCUUGUGUCAACUUAUGAGGAAUUCUGGAAUAGGUACAAAAACAUGGAUUCCAAAUUUCGACAUCAUUAUGAAGUGAUUCAGGAGGGUCUGCCUUGCCACUUAUAUUUUGAUUUGGAGUUCAAUAAGAGAAUCAAUGUAGAAAAAAAUGGAGACGACAUGGUUGAUCUCUUGAUUUCAGUUAUUUUAGAUGCUUUAUUUGAGAAAUACUCUAUACAAGGGGACAGAGAAUGGAUUGUAGAGCUUGAUUCAUCUACUAGAGAAAAGUUCUCACGUCAUUUGAUCCUCCGUAUACCAAAAACUGCCUUCAAGGACAACUCACAUGCUGGGGCAUUUGUUGCUGAGAUAUGCUCUCGGAUUUCUAGAGCAAGGGAGAGUGAUAAAAGAUUUGACAUAUUAUUUGUCUCAAAAGAUUCAAGCACUGCUGAUGUUCAACUUUUUGUGGACUCUGCUGUUUAUACUCGAAAUCGCUGCUUUCGUUUAGCCCUCUCCUCAAAGGCAGGAAAGAAUUCAGUGCUUCUGCCUACAGGGCGUUUCAAAUGUAAAAACAUGUGUGAAGAAGAGUUCUUCAUGGAAUCAUUAAUCUGCAAAAUGGACGUUGAUUGCAAGAGGCUCCUAAUUUGCAAAAUGGAUUUAGAGUGUGUGAAGACCUUGCACUUUGAGUCUGAGAUGGAUGCUAAUUUUGGACAACAUUUUGAUGCCCCAAAAGAACUUACAUUUCGUAGUUGCACGAGCGAUGCUCCAAAGACAUACUUCUUGGGAAAAUCGCCAUUCCCAACAUUGGACAUAUUUGUGGAAUCUAUUGCCUCCGUUGGAAAUGCAUCAGGAAGAAUCCGAAGCUGGUAUUGGUUCUCAGAGUAUGGUUUGAUGGUUUAUAAUAUGUCAAAGAAUAGAUACUGUGAGCGGAUUGGUAGACAACACAAAAGCAAUCAUGUGAUGUACAUUGUCGACUUAAGAAGGGCUGUCUACUAUCAGAAAUGUUUUGAUCCUGAUUGCAAAGGUUAUCGAUCUCCACUCCGUCCAAUCCCCUCGCAUGUCAUCCCUGAUUCAAUGUAUAUGCUCAAUUCGCAACAGAUAGAGCAUCAUGGAGGAACAGUGAUGAAUAAUUACAUUAAUCAAAGUUUUGGUGGAAAUGAUUCUGAAAACCUUUCCGGUUAUAACGAUGAAAGCAUUACAGACAGUUGCAAGAAAGAUGGAUGGUGGAUUGAAGCGAUAAGAAUUGCUGAUGGCAUUGAAAGUGUGAAGACACAGGGACUCAAUGACAUGGUUUGUCCAGUGACUUCACUCCCCCAGAACCCUGACGAUGAAGAUCAUGAGUGGUGGAUGGUGGUUGAAAGGACUGCAUCUCAGACUGAAAACCAAGCCUUCACACAAUUAGUUAUGCGAUGACAACAGGGUACCCACAUGAUGAAAAGUUCAUCUUGAGCUGUCUUCCGCCAAAUCAGUGAAGCAUUGAAACUUCUCUUUUUGAGAAGCAUGCCACAUCUUUGAAUUGGAUUUGGAACUCCAUCUCCUGCAAAACCUACGCCAGGAUGGUCAGUAAUGAUGAAUUCCAGCUAUGAUUCAGUGGCAUGCCCAUUCCCGUUUAACAUUUGAUUUGGUGACCUAGUUUAACAUUGGAUGGUUCAUUGUGCUGCAAUAGAAAGUUUCAGGUACUACAAGCCAUUACAAAGAUCUUCAAGAAUUUGUUCAAUCUGUUGUUGGUUAGCUACCAUGAGAUCAUGACGAUGAACUCUACAUGC